AUGAACCUCAGCAGCACGAGCAGCGCGGCCGAGAGAGUGCCCAGGGCCAUGCUCUGGGGCUGUGAGCUAAACCAGGAGAAGCGGACUUGCACGGUCAAAGCCCAGAAGGAGGGGAAGCAGGACUGCAAGCUGCUGCUCAGUACGAUAUGCUUGGGGGAGAAAGCCAAAGAAGAGAUGAACCUCGUGGAAAUCCUGCCGCCAGCCUGCCAGGAAGACAAGAAGACCAAGCCCAUCACCAUUGCCUCGCUUCAGGCCUCCGUGCUACCCAUGGUCGUCCUCAUGGGAUUGGAGCUUUCUCCUCCAGUCACUUUCCAGCUGCGGGCCGGCUCUGGGCCUGUGUUCCUCAGUGGCCAGGAACGUUACAGUAAGUCAGAUCCUGGACCCGGGGAAAACCUACCCUGGGAAGAAGAAGAGGAGGAGGAGGAGGAGGAGGAGGAAGAGGAAGGUGACAGCGAGGAGGUUGAUGACGACGACGAUGAUGAUGAUGCAGAUGUGUCCCUAGAGGAGGACACCCCUGUUAAACAAGUCAAGAGGCCGGCGUCCCAGAAGCAGACAGGCAUUGCCAAGAAAAAAAAGGUGGAAAAAGAAGAGGAGGCAGUGAGAUCCAGUCUUAAAGACAAGAGUCCUGUGAAAAAGGCCAAACCCACAUUCAAACCUAAAAAGCCCGGAUCCAAGAAAUGA